UGCUUGGUUGGAUGGGCGGCACGAUGCUCGCCGAAGCUCACCUCGCUGCCAGAUUUCUUCCUUCGAAUCCUUCUAUCCGCCCUCCUCGCCGCAGCAAUCCCACCGCCACAAGCGUUUCUUUCCGUCGGGUUUCCACGAGGAAUCCCUCCCUUGAAGCCCUCAAGGAUCGCCUUAUCCGCCUCGCCGACUCUGGCCGCAUCGACGAUGCCCUCUCCACCCUCGACCUCAUGGCCGACCGCGGCAUCCCUGCCGACCUCGUCUCCUACUCUGUCCUCCUCAGGUCCUGCAUCCGCUCCCGGGACCUUCGUCGCGGCCGCCUCGUCCAACGCCGCCUUCUCGACUCGGGCCUCCAGUUCGACUCUGUCGUCACAAAUUCCCUCAUUUCUCUCUACUCCAAAUGCGGGGAGUGGGAGGCUGCCCUUUCCAUAUUCGAAGAAAUGGGGAGCAGAAGAGACGUCGUGUCGUGGACCGCACUCGUCUCUUAUGGUGCCCAAAACGGUAUGCAAGGGAGAGCCAUCGCCAUGUUCUGCCAAAUGCUUGAAACUGGAAUCAUCCCCAACGAAUUCAGCUUCUGUAGCGUGAUUCAAGCUUGCUCUAAGUCAGAAUACCUGUGGAUUGGAAGGGCAAUUCUAGGUUUUGUGGUAAAGAUGGGAUUUUUCUGGUGGGACGCAUCGGUUGGUUGUGCCUUGAUAGCCAUGUUCGCUGAGAAUGAUGACUUGUUAUCCGCCCGCAAGGUGUUUGAUGGAAUACUUGAAAGGAACGCUGUUGUCUGGACUCUAAUGAUAUCCAGGUAUGGACAGCACGGGCGUGGUAGAGAUGCACUUGACUUGUACCUGGAAAUGAUUCUUAGCGAUUUCGAGCCUGAUCGUUUCACGCUAAGCAGCGUCAUUUCUGCAUGCAGUGACUUGGAGUCUUUGGAAUUUGGACGGCAAAUGCAUUCUCAAGCCAUUAGGUUAGGAUUGGCUCAUGAUGCCUGUGUUGGUUGCACCCUUGUAGACAUGUAUGCAAAAUGCUCAUUGAUGGAUGACUCCAGGAAAGUUUUUGAUCGAAUGGAUGAACACAGUGUCAUGUCAUGGACCACAAUUAUCUCAGGCUAUGCUCAGAGUAGCAUGCAUGACGAAAAGGCAAUUGAGCUUUUUAUCAAUAUGAUCAAUGGAAGUGUUCGACCAAAUCAUUUCACUUAUUCCAGCAUCCUCAAGGCCUGUGCAAAUCUUGCGGAUUCGCAGGUGGGGCAGCAAAUACAUGCCCGAGUCAUCAAAUCAGGUCUAGCAUUUGUAAAUUUUGUAGGAAACUCUUUGGUCAGCAUGUAUGCACGAUUCGGAAGGAUGGAAGAGGCCAUUAGAGCUUUUGAUUCAUUGUAUGAGAAAAAUGUGGUUUCCUGUAAUGCAAUAGCAGAUGGAUGUGCUAAGAAUUAUAACUAUGAACAAGCAAUUGAGGUUCUCUAUCAGAUUCAGAGUAUGGAUAUGGGUGCCAAUGCAUUUACCUUCGCGAGCCUGCUGAGCGCAGCGGCAAGUAUUGGAAUGCUGAGCAAGGGCCAACAGCUCCAUGCCCAGUUAUUAAAAGCAGGACUUCGGUCGGACAUGGGCAUCGGUAAUUCUCUGAUAUCUAUGUAUUCAAGAUGUGGUAGUAUAGAUGAUGCUUGCCAAGCUUUUGGUGAGAUGAAUGAUCACAAUGUGAUUUCAUGGACCGCAAUGAUAACUGGUUUUGCUAAACAAGGGGAUGCGGAUCAAGCCCUUAAAUUAUAUCAGAAUAUGGUGUCUGCAGGUGUUAAGCCAAAUGCAAUAACCUAUGUUGCUGUUUUGUCUUCUUGUAGUCAUGCAGGUUUGGUUGAACAAGGAUGGGAACACUUCCAUGCAAUGCAAAAGGACCACAGGGUUGCUCCGACAAUGGAGCACUAUGCCUGCAUGGUUGAUCUGCUCGGCCGAUCAGGUCUUUUGGAGGAUGCUUUUAAGUUCAUAAAUUCCAUGCCUUUAAGAGCUGAUGUCUUGGUGUGGAGGACACUGCUUGGUGGUUGUAGCGUGCAUGGGGACAUCAGGUUGGGAGAAAUUGCUGCCAAAAGAAUCUUGGAGUUGGCUCCAGAGGACCCAGCAGCCUAUGUCUUGCUCUCUAAUAUGUAUGCCGAGGUAGGUAGAUGGGAGGAUGUAGCAACUGUUAGGCAUGCUAUGAAGGAGAGAAAUCUUAACAAAGAAGCUGGAUUGAGCUGGAUAGAAGUAGAGAACAUCAUUCAUAAGUUUCAUGUGGGAGAUACUAGUCAUCCACAAGCUCAGAAAAUCUAUGCCAAGUUGGACGAAUUGUUUGCUAGAAUCAAGGAAAUGGGUUAUGUGCCAAACACCAACUUUGUUCUUCAUGACAUAGAGGACCACCUGAAGGAACAAUACCUACUUCAGCACAGCGAGAAGAUAGCAGUUGCUUUUGGUCUCAUAAACACAUCGGGUCCCAAGCCGAUUCGGGUAUUCAAGAACCUUCGUGUCUGUGGAGACUGUCACAAUGCGAUCAAAUGCAUAUCAAAAGCCACUGGAAGAGAUGUUAUCUUGAGGGAUUCUAACCGUUUUCAUCAUAUUAGGAACGGGGUGGCUGGAAUUCCUCGAGACAAUGAAGAGUCCCAGAACACCAUCAGCACCACAGUGACAUUGUCAAAACUCCCUCAACAAAUAGCAAGCCUUGCGAGCACGGCAGCCGCAUAUCUGACAGAAGAAUGAGACACCCCACCAGUAGUACCAUUAUCAGAAUCAGAUGGCUUCUCUUCCAGGUAUUUCUUUAUCAGUCUGCACGCCAUGCCACUUGAUAUCACAUCCCAUAACCUGUCUCUCGCCAGGAUAAGGAAUUGGUCUUCCUCAGAGCAUUCAAUCACCAUGAAUUCAGGUUCAGAGCUGACAUAGGCUUUAGAACGUAGUCUCCUGCAUCCAUACACGAUAUCGAUUAUAACUGACCGUGUCUGAGUACAUUGAACAUUGCCAAAAGGAACAAUAGAAUAUAUGUUAUACCAAAGGAUCUAGAAAUGGACAGUAUUCCCAAGACACGAGGACAGUCCCAGUACAAGACUUGCCCUCCCAGAGCUUCUACUCUUUCUGAGCUCCUCUGGUUUGUCGGGCUACUUUAAUGGUAGAUGUUCAAACACAAUGUAUAAAAUAAUUUAUUUUAAAUGGUCCAAAAUUUUUGGUAGCUAUAAAAUAAGGAAAGAAUGCCACGAAUGAAUGGAUAAUGCCAUGAUACUUCGUGUUGUAUUCUAUAAAGGGAUCUUAGGCUCAAAUCAUGGGACAGCAAGGGGAAAAUAUAGUGUGUUCUUUAAGGCUGUCAAAGGAUUUUUGCACUUCAUUCUUUCUACGAUGAACAGGCAUUCCAUUAGAUAGACAUCAAUGAGAAAAAGUAAGCACUAGAAAAAACGGUACUGCUCUGAUGUGAGUAGGCAAUCCAUUAUACAUAUAUGCAUGAGGAAUCGUGAGAAGGAUUCCACGGGUCAUCGGAGUUGGUAAGUAGUGAUUUGUUUGUCACUUGAGAACGUGGGGUCGAACCACGGGGCUGUCAGGGCGUAAAUCCCUGAACCCUGUGCACCUCACCCCACCCACUACUUGCUCGCUCGGCUGUCUGAUUUACCUCCCUCGUGAUCUGGGGUCGGGUGUGGCGGGGACGCUGGGGGGCGAGCGAUUUCGUCUUUUGCCACAUGAGGAACCGUGAGAAGUAUAGACAUUAGAGAGUUCACCAUGUGUUGACGUGUGGUAUCGAGCAACAGUGAUUUAUCUUCCUUAACAUAAUCUGGGAAUGGACUCUGAGGGGCACCUGGAGUGAGCGUAAUAACCUUUUUACGACAAUGGUAUCAAGCAGCAAACUUUACUAGAUCAAUGAGUAAGAACCUGCAAACUAAAAAAAUUACAUGAUACACUAGAAGAGAUAGAGGUGAUUCAGUGGAGUAUACCAAGAAAGCAAUGAGCAUUAAUUUAUUUUCCUUAAUAACUGAAUGCAGAAUUGAUCGCCCUUAGAAGAAAAAACGCAGAACUACUUGGAUAUACAUAUACAUACACAUUCAACAUUACAUAUUUACAUUCUUGAUAUGGAAUGGGCACAGGUACAAACUAGAAACAUUAUGCCAACGGUGGCAUGGCUAACUUCUAUAUUCAAAUUGUAUGUGGAAAUGCUAUAUUUGUAUACUUGCAAAUGGAUAUAAAUUGACUGUAUCUAUAUUUCUGUGCUAGAUUUAUCCAAACAUAGUUGCUACAAAUAAACAGAACAAAUUUGUAUUAAAAAUGAUAACCAAACGUGGAAGACUAUGUUUCAGCUGAUCCCUUAGGUAAUUCAGUUGCAUUAAAAAACUUAACAGAAUAGUGUGUAGCU